AUCAAAUAAGGCUCACAUAGAUUCCAUUGCUGAAGCUGCGUUCUCUUUUUUGUUUUCAAAUGAAAAAGAGACAUCAACAGUUUUCAGCGAUGUCAAAUUGUCAGACUUUUUGCUUCCAUCUGCAAAAGAGUUCGCACUAAAAUCAGGGUUAUUAACCAAAAGGAAAUCUAAAAAAGCUACUGAUACGACUUGUAGGUUUGUCCACAAAACUUUUCAGGAAUUCUUAACUGCUUAUCAUAUCGCAAACAAUGCAGACGCUGUGGAUGACGUCGUUUCCGAUUAUCUCAAACGCCAUAGCAAUUCAUAUCUUGAUAUAUCUCAAAUGUUCAUUUACCUGUGUGGCUUGAACAUCUCGGCAGCGAAUAAACUAUCUGCACUGAUGAAUGAGCACGGCUUUGAUGGCAAUUAUCAUCACCCGACCGUCCAAGAGAACAUCUACCAACAAUUGAUCCUUUCCGGCUACAGGGAGGCUAUGGCCAACAAGAACACCCCAAUACAUCUGCAUAUGAGUCACUUUGACUUCAAAAAUGAUUAUGAUGCUGAAGAGUUGUCUCACAUUUGGGCACUGAACACGUUACGUGCACAAUCUUUAGCCAUUGAUUUGUAUAGAACUAGUGUAAUAAUAUGUGCACAAGACGCGUUGUCUACUCGUUGUCAGAAAUCUGGACCUGUUUCUUUGCCUGCAUGUGAUGAUCCUGGUCCCUCUACACUUACACGAAAAUAUUGGGUAGAAUUCAGUUCGUCUUCAUGUUGUGUGGUGUUGGAUUUGUCAUGGUGUCACAACCUGGAAUGGAUGGCUAUCAGGUGUAAUGCAACAGUGCAACCGAGUGCACUGGUGGGUCUUAACAGGUUGAAAGAUCUGCGGUUAGUUCAAGGUUGUAAAUGUAGAGCGCUUGACUUGUCACAUCAUGAACACCUAGAAUCAAUUACUCUUUGCGAUGGAGUUACUUUAUUACCACUAUCUGUUAAUAAUUAUAAAAGUCUUAAAUGUAUUGAAAUAUAUACAACUUAUGGCGGACUGAAUUUGUCGCUGUUUGAAAAUUUACGUUCGAUAACAAUCGGCAAAAAGGUGAAAUUGUUACCAAAACGACCUCUCAUUCAUAACAAACAAAAAAUAACUCGGAUUGGCUUAUGCGGAUUUGAUUUAAACAGUGUUGACAAUGAAGCCAAUCAUACAUGGUGUCUAUUAAACGGUGAAGAUUCAGUACAGUGUGCAGACUAUACUCCAGUACUGCUCAAUAUAGCAUACAUUGACUUGCGUGAAGUCACAGUUUCCUCAAACUGGCUACGCAGUCUGCUCAGAACGCUGCUGACAUUUGAUCAUAACGUGAAUUGUUGGCUGUGGGACUGUAUUAUAACUUCAAUCGAUCAUGAGGUAAAGGGUAGGCUGCCAGGCAGUCACAUAGGAUCAUCUGCAGAGAAUGCAGGCCGCAUUCCAUUUGAACGUAAAAUCUUACAAACAAUAGAAACGGAUUUAAACAAAACAUGUGCAAUCAAAGUGAGCAACUUAAUCUGGCAAAACUGUCUAUGGGAGACUCUGCAUGGUCUGGAUGUCAAGAAUCUGAGUUUAGAGUAUCCACCUUUUAUUCAUUCGUUUCCAUCCUGGAAUCGUGAAACUCAAAUGUCACAGUCACUAGAAUCCCUCUACCAGCUAGAAACGCUGACAGUUAAUUUACCUGAAUAUAUCGACCUGCAGCUUCCCCCGUCAUUGAAGCAUUUGAUAGGCUCUUUUAAUUCAUUGCUUCCUUCACAACUCCGCGACCUUGUGAACAAACUGUUGACAUGGACUCAAUCAGUUGAGUGUAGAUUGGAAUUCGUUUGUAUUGAUAAAAGAGAUAAGUUUUUGUCCCAGAAGAUUCCACCAGAGGAAUAUAUGUCCAUCAAACAGAAUCUCGAAGCACUAGAGAAUGUUAAAGUGAAACGAUUUCGAAUAUAUGAAUUUGCACUUAGCACUAAGACCUGGUCUGUACGUGACAGUGUUGGAGUUGAUGAUGAUGAUGAUGUUGAUGGGGGCAAAGCUCAUUUAGAAUAUCAUGAAUUAAUUGACGGCCUUGGUCGCAUAUCAAUGCGAAUUCAGAUUAACUGUGUUAAAAAUCCAGACUUGACCAAAUGAAGUAAUACAUGCGACUACAAGACUAUGUACGAUGGAUCAUCCGGAAAUAUGAAAACUUCAUCAUUUAUGCUCAGUAAUUUAUUUAAUACAAAAACUAAUGAACAUACAUGUAAGUGUAAAUACCUUAAAUUAACGAAAAGUUUUACUCCUUUUCCAUUUAUCAUCUAGAGGUGACAGACGAUUAAAAUAAGUCACCACGGGCAAUCCGGAGCACGUCAAUUAAGGUUCAGUGAUGUUUUCGUCGCUUGUUUUGUAAGCACUUUUAGGCGUGCAUUUUAUGUUCUCUUUUUAUUAUGGAGAUUUUAAUCCCCCGUCAAAAGGAUAGAAUUGGUGUCUGUCCGUCAGUGAUGUUAUUUAUGAUGUAGUUCUCCUAUAACAAUUUGUAAUUUCUAGAAGAUAUUAGAAGUAUUUGUUAUAUUUUUUUUUCAUACUUGUUAUAAUGGAAAUAUAUGGCAUGCUCCGUUUAGCCACUGCCAUGGUAAUGAAAUCGUGUUGAUGAGUCGCAUUAAAUUAAUAUUCCACAAUCUUUUUAAUUAAACAUAUUCUAAAAAGAUUUUGAUAUAAUCUUAAUUCAAUAAAAUAUAUUCACAACGAAAACAUAUAAAACAGUAUAUUUAUUUCUGGAUCAUCCAUCUUUCAUGUGUAUGAUAUAUUUCCUGAACAUUGUUUUAUUAUGUGUAAAUAAUUGCAUACAUAUUAUGAACAAACAACAAAAUUAAGUGUAUAUUGAAUGCGACUUCAAAUUAACCAUGUUAGAAAUACAGCCAUGAGUAAGUAAAGUAAUACUUGCGACUACAUGACCCCACUUUAAUGUUAACACGUUUGUUAUACAUUUCUAGAACAGCGUUAUGUAUGUACAAAAUAAAUUUGUAGAGGACUGUCACUAUAUGACAAUCUGUAUAUUGUAUUGCUCAUUAUAAUCUCAUUGUUUUUUCAUUUCAUUCAUACCAUGUUUCAGAUAUUUUCAUCAUUCUAUAUGAAAGAUAAAGAUUCUACAGUAGUCAAUACUCAUUUAAUUUGCAUGCAUGCUUGAAUAAUUACAAAUAUUGUCAGUUGUAUUUUAUUCUUGUGGCGAGGAAAAGACUUAACAUUCCUCAAUUAAUACCAUAUGUCCCUUUGGUAAUUUAAUGCCAUUUCUUAUUGUUGUAAUUCUAAUCUAUAUCAUAAUAUGAUGCAAAUGUAAUGAUUUCUGCUGAAUUGUUUUGAAUGUUGUUAUUAUUUUUGACGAUGGUGAAUAUGAUGAUUUUGAUUGUAAUGUGAAGAUGAGAAUUAAAAUAAUUGUAAAUGACGAUGACGAAUGUGCAAAUGUUCCCAUCCGAUCUUCACCAAGCUUGGUCACUAUUUAUAUCUUGAUAAUAUCUAGGUCAAGUUUUAAUAUGGGUCGGGUUAAAAACUAGGUCACAAGGUCACUUAGGGCAUUUCAAGCAUUUUGCAUUCGAACGGGCGUAUCUCGUGACAAUUUGGCACUCUUGUUGACGAUGCUGCUUCAGCAGCUCGUCUAAGUAAUACCAUGAAAACAAAUUUCACAAUGGCGACCUACCUAAAAGACCAAGCCAAUUGAGUAAGCUAAAUUUUCUCAAUCGGCAUACCUUGCUGAUUAUCAUUGAAAUAUGGGAAACAACAACAACAAUUGGCAAAUGCCGAAAAAAAUGUUUAAAUUAUUAGGAAGCUGGAUAAUAACAGUGGAACUCGAUGUUAAUUGUGCAAAGUAGAGAACUUUACUUGUAUGUGGUACCGUUUGAUAGUGGAAAAAGGCCAUUUUCAACAUUGUUCGAAGUCAUUGAAAUGGAAGUGGAGCUGAAUGGGUCAAAUUCCCCAUGCAUGGGUACUACUUCCCCGUACCCCGGGUACUUUGAAGUAUACUUCAAUGUACACCGAUUUUCAAAUGAUACUUUUGGGUACCCCGGUAUCCUUACAGGUAUCUUUCCUAAUAAAAAAAAUCGUACCCAAAUUUUUUUUCGUACCCAACAUUUUUCGUACCCAUUUUUUUUCCUAUCCAUAUUUUUUUCGUACCCAAAUAUUUUUUAGUUACCAUUUUUGUUUCGUACCCAAAUUUUUUUUCGUACUCACAUUUUUUUUGGCAUAAUUUUAAAGACCGAGCCAGUCCGAUUGAGUUGGCUAAAUUUUCUCAAUCGGCAUACCCCGCUGCAUUCAGGUAAAUACAUCUAAUUGAAGGAGAGUGCAGUGUCCAAGAACGAAAACUAUUGCACCACAACCAUUAAACUCUUGACUUAAACCUUAACAUACUUUAUCGGGGUCGAUGAAUGACUAAUUGCCAAAACUCUGAAUGGCUCCUAUGCAGAAAUAUGCCUCUUGUUCUUAAUAAAGUUUUACAAAGAACUGUGGAUUGUCUAAACGUCCAUGUACACUGCAGCUAUGCCAAAUAUUUAAUUAAGGAUGCAGAAAGAUCGAGCAAUAAAAAUUAUACAAUUGUAGUGAUGUAGAUAAACUUAAAUUGAUGCUUUUAUAUCCAUACUCUUCAAAAGCAUCGUCACGACACCAGUGCUGUCAGUACUUUGAUUAUAAUUAGCAGCAUGUUGUGUACCUUUUCCAUGGAUGCUGAUUGCGUUACACAUAUUGUUUUUGAUCACAAUUAAUACUCUUUUUCUUUGCUUUCUCAGUAAGUUAAAUGUGAAGUUAAAAAGGUUUUAAUAAAUAAAUCUUGUAAUAAA